CAGAAAACAGAGGGAGGGAAGGAGAGACUGAGAGCAUUAGCAGCAUCUCGCUUUCUGCGUUCGUCUCAUUUUCUUUCUAAUACACACAUAGUGACAGAGCUGCAGAUAUAUGCUGUGAAAUCCAGCAUCAUCAUCAUCAAAAUCAUCAGGACGGACUCGCAGCAUCAGCUCUGAUAAUAAUAAUAACAGGCUGGAAGCAGAGAGGACGACAGCACAGACGUCACACUGGGGUCCGCAGAGUGCGCGGGCCGGACAGAAGCCAUGAGGCUGGUCCAUAAUGCAGAGAAGCAGAGUUUCUCCUUUAAGAAGUGCUCCGCUUUCCAGUUCGUCAAGAGGAAGGUGCGCAGGUGGAUGAGGAAUCCCAAGGUGAAUGUGGAGAAGGUCCAGGCGAAGGGCUUUCUGUCUCCCUGUCCCAAAUGUCAAGAGGGCCAGGACCUGUGGUACACACACUUCCCUGCACCUUACGGCUGCUGCCACUACAGUCCUGGAGGAUACUACCUCCCGCACCCGCCCAGCCCACUCUGCCAGCCCUGUGCCCCCUGCACACCCUGCCAGCCGGAUAAGAACAAGACAUGCAAGGCGAGAAAGUGGAAAAUGCUCAGUCGACAUCUCAACGACAGUAAAGUGAAGGAGGUAGAGCCAGAGGGGCAUGUGAUCUGCCCCUGGACAAUGUCGCCCCUGCUGGGAAGCCCUGUACUGCUGGAAUGCUGCAUUUGCAAUGGACCGUACAUCACUUACGGGCAUGAAGAAGCCUGGCAACCACGUCAGCGCACACAGGCAAUGGACCUCUACUACCAUGGAGACCCUGAGUCUGAUUAUUGUUGUUCGUCUGACACCACUUUUAUGAAGCAGAGAAAGAUGGGACUGAAUGACUUCAUCCAGAAGCUUUCUGCAAACUCCUAUGCAUGCAAGCAUCCUGAGGUUCAGUCCAUCCUAAACCUGACACCACCACAAGAUGUGGAGCUAAUGAACAGCAACCCUUCCCCUCCGCCAAGUCCCUCUCAGCAGAUCAACCUCGGCCCUUCCUCAAACCCCACCGCCAAACCAUCAGACUUCGACUUUCUGAAAGUCAUCGGAAAGGGUAGCUUCGGCAAGGUUCUCCUGGCACGACACCGGAGCGAUGAGAAGUUUUAUGCUGUGAAGGUGCUUCAGAAGAAAGCCAUCUUAAAGAAAAAAGAGGAGAAACACAUUAUGUCAGAGCGCAAUGUGUUACUGAAGAAUGUCAAGCAUCCAUUCCUUGUGGGCCUGCAUUACUCUUUCCAGACCACUGAUAAACUCUACUUCGUACUGGACUACAUCAAUGGAGGAGAGCUGUUUUAUCACUUGCAAAGAGAGCGAUGCUUUCUGGAGCCGCGCGCUCGCUUCUAUGCAGCAGAGAUUGCCAGUGCUUUGGGUUACCUGCAUUCACUGAACAUCGUCUAUCGAGACCUGAAGCCCGAGAACAUUCUGCUGGAUUCUCAAGGGCACAUCAUCUUGACUGACUUUGGCCUGUGCAAAGAGAACAUCGAGCCCAAUGGAACGACGUCAACCUUCUGUGGGACGCCAGAGUAUUUGGCACCGGAGGUGUUACACAAGCAGCCGUAUGACCGAACGGUGGACUGGUGGUGUUUGGGCGCAGUGCUGUAUGAAAUGUUAUAUGGCCUGCCUCCGUUCUACAGUCGUAACACAGCAGAGAUGUACGAUAACAUUUUGAACAAGCCACUGCAGCUGAAACCCAACAUCUCCAACGCUGCCAGACACCUGCUGGAGGGCCUGCUGCAAAAAGACAGAACCAAAAGGCUGGGCUUCACUGAUGACUUUACUGAAAUCAAGAACCACAUGUUCUUCUCUCCCAUCAACUGGGACGAUCUGAAUGCCAAGAAGCUUACGCCACCAUUCAACCCCAAUGUGACGGGGCCUAACGACUUGCGACACUUUGACCCUGAGUUCACCGAUGAGCCAGUGCCGAAUUCAAUCGGCUGCUCGCCGGACAGCGCUCUGGUCACGUCCAGCAUCACUGAAGCGACCGAGGCUUUCCUGGGCUUCUCUUACGCCCCUGCUAUGGACUCCUACCUGUAGCCCAUUCCCUAGAAACGCCAUCCCAUGGACUCCUACCUGUAGCUCAUUUACCAGGGAAAUGCUGUCCCAUGGAAUCUCACCUGUAGUGCAUCACUAUGAGAAAAGCAAACCCCGUCUCAUUUCCCUGCCUCCAGAUCGGGGGCAUUUGCACAUGGCGUACGGCAGCUCGAAAGGCCUUUAUUGAAAGGCCUGAGUUUUACACGUUAAAGAAGAAGACUCUUCCUCUUCAUCCAAAUGCACGAUUUCUCCUCCGCUUUCACCCUGGGUUGUGACAGAUGGGGAAAAAGAGAGAGAAGAUUGAUGCUGAUGGACGUUUAUGUACUAGAUUUAUUUCAAAGCUUACUUGCGUUUCAUUUUUUAGACAUCAUAGUUUUGGAUGGAUUGAAUGCUUGUUUGUGGGUGCGUGUGUGUGUAUGUGCCUUCAUUUUAACACCCCUGUUCAAAUGUUUGUUUAGUCUAAAUCAUGUGAUCUGGCAUGUCAGUCCAUGUCAGGUAUAAACAGUCAACGUGACACUAAAACCACUAAAAUAUAUCAGCAUCUGAUGUUUUUGUGACCUUUCAGUUACGCAUCUGGGAUCAAAUUUUUUGCACAUUUAUCUUCCUAAAUUAAAGAGCACUUCCUUUAAUGCUUUUUUUUUCCUUGUUUAUGACUUGAGCAGAAGGUGCUAGAAGGAUGUGCUGCUAAUGUGUGUAGAAAUGCUCACUUUAGUCUUCCAGCCUCCUUGGAUGUACAGUAAUCCAGAAACGGGCCAGUCUGUCUCAGCAACACAUUCCAUUGAACAAGACUGUAUGGUUAUUUAAGUUUGUAUAUUUUGAGGUCUUCUGUGUUAGUUUUAAUGUAUAUGGAACAAAAACUUAAAAGGGUAUGCUUAUAUGUAACUAUAAAUGUACUGUAAAAUUGUAAAAUGUUUGAAUUAUGUGACCUUGUUUGGUUCGCAAUAAAACUUUAUGGUUAUUUUUCCCCUAAA